GUUUCCAUUGACAGUGAAUGUGCUCCAAAAGUAUAAAAAGAUAAGUGGAGGAUGCUCCAAGUCAGUCCACUCUCAUACUUUUCAACAACAUGUUCGUUAAGGUUUUUGGCAUCGCUGUGUUGGUGGCCUGUGCUUGGGGUGAACACGGCCACGCCACUUCGUACGCCUCCUUCUCGCAACACAUCGGAGCUGUUGCCGCCCCCAUCGCCAAAAUCGCCGCCCCCGUAUACACCUCUCAUGCCGCCCCUUUGAUCGCCUCGCACGGUAGCUCCUACUCCAGUUUGGCUUACGCCGCCCCUGCCAUCCACGCCGCUCCUCUUGUUCACGCCGCCCCCGCCAUCCACGCCGCCCCUCUUGUUCACGCCGCCCCCGCCAUCCACGCCGCUCCUGUGCUACAUGCUGCUCCCGUGGUCCACGCCGCCCCCGUUGUCAAAGCCGUCGCCGUCGAGCAAUACGCCCAUCCCAAGUACGACUUCAGCUACGGUGUGGAGGACCACCACACUGGUGAUAUCAAGUCUCAGCAUGAAACCCGCGAUGGGGACGUAGUCAAGGGUUCCUACUCCGUAGUUGAUCCAGAUGGUACCCACAGAACCGUCCAUUACACCGCCGACCAUCAUAACGGUUUCAAUGCUGUGGUCGAACGUUCGGGACAUGCCGUCCACCCCGCGAAAGCUAUAAUUGCCGCCCCUGUGGCUAAGGCUGUGGUCGCCGCCCCCUUGCAUGGGUUGGGUCUUGGCGCUUACGGACACUUCUAGACUCAAAUUUUUUACUGUUGUAGAGUUUUUAUUCUUGUACAAAAUAUUAAAAGUCUAUUUUUGA